AACUUGCAAACCAUCUGUUGCAAUCUGCAACUGGAUGACAAUUCCUUCGUCUGACAUCUUUCCGCUACGUGGGCAGGAUCUGUGCUACACACUAAGCCUUAUCUAAGACUGGCCAGAGCCCCUGCUUUGCCUGCCGCCAUUACGAGAGUAGCGUGUGGUUGGCGCCACGGUCCCGUUAUUUUCAAGACCGCACUAUGAUUCCUCAUGGAGGAGCAUCUGAUAGUGGAUGCAGGCAAGAGACGAUUAUUGACAUGGUGUGCUAUGUAGUGUCCGCAAGGGUAGUGUAGGCCAUGAGAGCAUAAGCAACACAUGUAGAUAUUAUAUAUAACAUACGCAACCCAGAACUGCCGCGCAGCGGCAUACAAGGGCUCUUAGUUUCCGAUUCCCGAUACUCUAAAUUCACCAUCUCUCUUGGCGGGUAGCGAAGGCGAGCUCAUACACAAUGUUCUGCACACUGAAACACAACAGCCUGUCAGAUGAGGCCUACACCUUCGAGACAACAACGCCUCCUUUCUCUAGGAAACGGGAGGGAAGAUUGGCUAAGAUUGCCUGCACGAACUGCCGAAUAAGCAAGUUAAAGUGCUCUGGUGAGCCACAUGGCUGCCAACGAUGUCUGGCGAAGAAGAUAGAUUGUUGCUAUCCUUCCCCUCCAAGGGGAAACAGCCACAAGAAGACACAAUCACAAGCUCAGGCACAAGCCCGAGCGCGAGCUUCAGCUCCAGUUCCCGCUCCGGCUCAAGCGCCGGCGCCAACUCCACCAGAAACCCCUCAAUUCCAGUCUCAGUCAAGGCCAUCAUCAGCACCGGUGGAUGCAACGAAUGAUGACGACUUUGCCACUAUCAUCUCGAAUCAAGAGACGACGUAUAGUAGCACGAUAGAUGACCUAGACUUAAGCCUCGGCGGCUUCGAAGUAUCCGACUUCACCACAUCCGAUAGCAUCCCUAGAUUGCUCUCUGAUGGAGAUUACAUGGACCCUUCAGAUGCCAUGAGAUCAUGGCAACAACCAUUCACAUUCACGCCCGAAGAGAUCAAGUCGCCGUGGACUAGCACACCAGAACGGGAAGAUAUGAUCUUUAGCAGUGACAGCAAACCAUCAACGUUAGCAUCGACCCCAGCUACAUCUGAUUCAAGCUGCUCCUGUUUUUCACAGGCCGUCAGCACAUACGAGGCUAUCGAGGUAGCUGUUUGGGGACAGAACGAGCUCUGGAGGAAUGCCGAUGAUAUGCUACGGUAUCAGAAAAAGGCAUUGAUUGAGUGCGAGGAGCUUCUCGAGUGCAGGAGAUGCACGGCGCAGUCUGCCUACACUAUGCUUCUCUUAUCUAUGUGUCGGAGGAUCUUAACAACGUUAGGCGAUCUAUGUCAAGGCAAUUCAUGGGCAAGUUCUGAUAUAGUCACAAGUCAGGAGCAUGGCCCGGAUGAUAGAAAGCGGCGGAAGUGCGGAGAGGAUGGUGGUGAGGGGGUAGACGAGAGCCGCAGCCGCAGAUACGGCAUCAGCAUACGGAACAGGCAGCUCGAUGACGACGACGAGCACCUCGUUCUGCAGAGCCUUCUUACAGCACGCGUUGCACGAUUGGGUCGCUUACUCGGCACGCUUGACAGGAUCGUCAGCGAGCAUAGCUGGCCUGCUCAUAAAGCCAUUAUUCGCGAUCUACAAACGGGCCUUGCUACAAAUUCGUUUAUUGUUGAAAAAUCACGGAUACCUUGGACUGCAUAGAGAAGGACUAUUCUGGCGCGAUAGACCGAACAUAGACUUAGAAACAUAGAUGCGGCAUGUACUGUAAACUCACCCAUAGAGGAGCAUGGUUUAGAGGAAACAUCAUCGACAAUAUAGAGAGGUCUUCGAAUCUGCAUUGCAAAAGUCCCCCUUCUUCCUGUAUGCCUGUUUUCCCUUCCUAGAGUGGAAUAAACUCAUUUCAGGUAUUCAAAGUCGCAAGCUGUCGUUGAGUUGCGGAUAAUUCCGUCUCG